UGUAUGAUCAUGUGUUAGAUUGGGAAGCGUUAUUGUUUAAUGUUCUGGCAGAACAUGUAGUAGUUCGAACCUUUUUCUUUUCGAUGAUUGAGGAAAAUUGGGAUAACAGUGAAUUGCAAAUGGACGCAAUUGACCAAAUUUGCCACAAAAACCCUUUUAUAAUGUAUUAUGCCUGUUCUGAUGGUUUCGAAUUAAUUUUACAAGAGCUCCUAAAUCACCAUGAGGCUAAACAACUGUUUGAAAAUAGAGAGCUAGACGAAAAAGCUACACUUCUGCAUGCUGCUGUUCAAUCCAAGAAAGAAAACAUUCUAAAGUUAGUUCUCUGUGACCACCAAUUUGGAGAUUGUACUUACCAUGGAGCAAGCAAUAACAAAAUGGAAACAUACGAAUUUGAAGUAGAUAUAAAUACUCCAGAUUCACGAGGAGCUUUACCAAUUCAUUACGCUGUAUCUGAUGGGAACACAGAUUUUGUGAAGAUGAUUGCAGAACAUGGUGCUAUCAAAUGUAUCAAUGCUCAAGACAGGCAUGGAAACACUCCUCUACAUUAUGCAGCCAAAAAUGGUGAUGUGGAAAUGAUGAAGCAGUUAAUUUAUAUAUAUUUAGCUGACCAACAAAUUGCCAAUGAAGACGGACACACUCUUAUUCAUUUGGCGGCCACAAGAGGUAUAGUGGAAGUUGAACAGAUGCUGGAAGAUGGCUAUGCAGCUGAUGUCAAUACGCAAGACAACGAUGGAAAUACUCCUCUCCUUCUUGCUGCCAAAAAUCGUGAAUGGGAGAUGGUCAAGAAGCUGAUUGACAAAGAUUCCAAAUAUUCUGCAGACUACAAAAUUGCUAAUGAAGAUGGACAAACUCUUAUUCAUUUGGCAGCCGAAGCAGGUAAUAUGGAAAUGGUACAGAUACUUAUAGAUGACUAUGCGGCUGAUGUCAAUGCGCAAGACAACGAUGGAAAUACUCCUCUCCUUCUUGCUGCCUUUAAUCGUGAGUGGGAGAUGGUCAAGAUGAUGAUUGACAAAGAUUACAAAUAUUCUGCAGACUUCAAAAUUGCCAAUGAAGACGGACAAACUCUUAUUCAUUUUGCGGCCAAAGGAGGUAAUAUGGAACUUGUACAAAUGCUUAUGGAUGACUAUGCUGCUGAUGUCAAUGCGCAAGACAACGAUGGAAAUACUCCUCUUCAUUUUGCCGCCUCUGAAGGUCACUAUGAAAUGGUCAAGAUGUUAAUUGCUGACCAUCGCGCAAACUUUUAUACAGCUAACAUUUACGGCCAAACUCCUGCUCACGUAGCAGCCAUGGACUACCAUUGGGAUGUUGUAAAGAUGCUCCUCGUUGAUUUUUCAUUAGAUGUCAACAAUCCAGAUGAGAACGGACAGACUCUUCUGCAUUUGGCAGCUGAACUUAACUAUUUGGAAACUGUGAAAAUGCUUGUAAAUGACUACUCGGCGGAUAUCAAUUACCUUGACAAUAGAGGACGAACCCCCUCUGAGGUGGCUGCUAGCUGUGGUAACAUAGAAGUUGUAGACGAGCUGACCAAAGGAAAGGUAUAGACCUGUAUCAGUGGCGUAGCCAAAAAUUGAAAUUUUCAACGGCAAUGAUACCUUUUUUGAUUUUACACUUACACUUCGUAAACAACAAUGAUGUAUUGUAUUCGUAGUUUGAAUGCGGCUUCUUCUU